UCGGCUUCUCCGUUAAGCGUCAGUGCCAUGACAACAGGACGAUGGCUGCAAGCAAGAGGGUGAAAAAUGUGAUUUUUGUGUGAACCAGGAGUACCAAACUAUCGUCUUUUACGGACUGGCUCGUCUACUUGAAGAGGCAGCAUGUCUCUCUUCAAGGCCCGUGAUUGGUGGUCAGCAACGCUUGGCGAGGGGGAGGAGUUUGACCAGGGAUGCCUCUGUGUCGGCGACGUGGACAACAGUGGCACCGAACAUGACAAGGUGGUGGUGGGCAGCUACAUGGGGAUCCUGAGGAUAUUCUCCCCACAUGCCAACAAGACCAGCGAGGGAGCUCUGGUCGAGGCCCUGCUUCUCGAAAUCCAGCUCCAAAAUGCCAUCAUCCAGGUGGAAGUGGGCAAGUUUGUGUCGUGUUCAGAACUUCAUCAUCUGGCUGUUCUUCACCCCAGAAAGUUGUCAGUCUUCUCUGUUUCAGGCACCGCAGGGAACGUGGAGCACGGUGACCAGUACCAGCUAAAGUUGGUUUAUGAACACAAUCUGCAGAGAACAGCCUGCAACAUGACCUACGGCACCUUUGGAGGGGUCACAGGUCACCACUCUCUGUGUAUCCAGUCUAUGGAUGGGAUGCUGAUGUUCUUUGAGCAGGACAGCUACACCUUUGGCAGGUUCCUACCUGGUUUCCUGCUGCCCGGCCCAUUGGUCUACAACUCCAGAACAGACAGCUUCCUCACGGUUUCCUCUGCACGCCAGCUGGAGAGCUACAAGUAUGAGACUCUGGCAGUGGCUACAGAGGCAGAGAGUCGACAGGAUCCUGAUCUGCCCCUCAAGACUGGAGGCAAAAGGCUGACGCCUGACUGGUCGUUUGUCCUGGGAGAACAGGCCCUGGACCUCUGUGUGCCCUCCCUCUCCCACUACUCCUCCUUCAUCUUCAUUCUGGGUGAGAGGAACCUCUACUGUCUCCGUGACAGCGGCCAGAUCCGCUUCAUGAAGAAGUUGGAGUUCAACCCCAGCUCCUUUCUGCCCUACGCCUCAGUGACAGAUGGCACGACCAACCUGUUGCUAGGUAACCACACCAACAUGCUGCUGGUUUACCAGGAUGUGACUCUAAAAUGGGCAGCGCAGCUUCCCUUUGUGCCCGUGGCCAUUCGCGUCGCCAACUUCCCGGAGAUAAAAGGAGUCGUGAUCAGCCUGAGCUCUGAUGGUCACCUCCUGUGCUCCUACAUGGGCACGGACCCUUCCUUCUUCACCACGCCCAAGGUGGACGCCAGGGAGGCCGACUACGAGCAGGUGGAUGCUGAGAUGAAGACGCUGCAGAAGUUCAUCAGAGAAGCUACAAGGACUCAGGACAUCCUGGCUAAAACCGACGCGGAGGAGGACUUGAUUGUUACAGCUGCUGUAUCCUCCAGCAUGGACAAGCCAUCGCAAGCUCUGAUCCAAGAUAUCGAUGGUCUGCCCGUCCCUUCAGUAACAGUACAGUUAAAGGUGAAGGCCCGUUGUGUUGUACAGUCCUCUAAGAUGACCGUUGGCAUUCAGCCCCCUCUGGCCGUCACUCAGGAAAAAUUUGUUUUGGAACCCAUGGGUGCUGGUUCCUCAACAGUUGUGUCAUUUUCGGCUUUCCUCAACGGCCGCUACCCAGCUGCUGACCUGACCGGAGACAUCACUGUGUCCUUCAGCUUGCCGACAGAACUUAAUCCCAAAGGAGUUCCCAGGGUUCUCCAGUCCAAGUUCAGUCUUCCUUUGGCAUUGGUGUGUGUUCCUACCUCUCCAGCCAAAACCACCAAGUUUAAGAUUACUGUGGACACCAACCAGCCACCAGUCAACCUCAAAUCCAUUUUCCCAGAGUUUUCAGCUAAAUCAGAAGAUAAGGAUGGGAGUAGUUUGGCUUUCCAGUUCUUGUCAGGAGCCAAGGUCACCGUGGUGGCCUCCAAGACCUCCCAGCGUUACCGUAUUCAGAGCGACAGUUUUGAGGAUAUGUGGUUGGUGGUGAAGGAGUUGGUCCUGAGAUUUGACAAGCAUUUCUCCAAACUGGGAGUCAAAGACUUCAAGAAAAGCUUCAGUGGGCCGCUCCCUAUGCAAGAGUACUUCCUGUCUGUAGACCACCACUUCCAGCUUCGUGUCAGUGCUCAGCAGUAUCAGGAUCUGCUGUCGCGGGGCUGUCCAUUCAGAGCCAUCCAGCGUCGCCUGCUGACACGAUUUAAAGACAAAACCCGCACCACUGCGAACCUGGACACACUGCUGGACGCCACGUACAGCCAGGUGAUGGCGCUGGCGGAGGCUGCGGAGGAAAACCGUGCACAGCUGGAGGAGGCGUUUGUCCGCCUGCGGAGCGCCACGCACCUCCUGGUGCUGCUGCUGUCGCUGUCGCAGGGCCUGACCCCCGACCAGACGGCCAUCCUGGAGGCCACGCUGCUGCCAUUGCUGCAGGACACGCCACAGCUGGGCUGGGAGGAGAGCUGCGACGCCGCCGUCUCCCACCUCCUGCGGAGCUGCCUUUCGCGGAGCCCCAAGGACCAGGCCACGUCUCUGGCCCAGGCAGGAGGCCCCGUGCUGGGCCUGCCCCGCGAUACCACCCGCCUCAAGAAACACAUUACACUGAUGUGUGAUCGCAUCAGCAAGGGAGGCCGCCUCACCCUGGCCUCUGAGGCCAAUGUCCCUGUGCCGCUCCAGAUCCAGAACCUGGCCACUCCUGGAGGCGUUGAGCCCAUUGCAGAGGUGGCUGGUGACGGGGAGGAGCUGGAACUUCCACAGGAAGUAACCAAGUUCAUCAAGAAGAAACAAGCAUCUAAGAAAGUCAAGAAAGACAAUGUGAAAGAAGAAGUGGGAGGUGCAGAGGAUCCCACCAAGGAGGCCAAAAAGGAGAAGAAGGAGUCAUCCAAGGAGAAGAAGGAGUCAAAGAAGGAAUCAAGCAAAGAGCCCAAGGAGGAGGCAAAGAAGGAGUCCAAGAAGGAAUCGUCCUCCUCCAAGGAGAAGAAGGAGUUGUCAAAGGAGAAGAAGGAGAAGGAGAAGGACAAAGACAAGGAAGGUAAGGAGUCAGGGGACAAGAAAGUCUCCAGGAAGUCAUCUGUAAAAGUGAAAGAGAAGAAGAAGGAGCCAGAGGCUGGAGAGGGCUGACGAGAGCAGUGCAAUAAACUCACAUGAUAUGCAUACACACAACAUACAUAAACACAAGAUACAUGUCUAAACAUCAGGCACAUAAACACACACCAGGGGCUCACACAUAUAAACAUACAUACAUGAAUAUACAGUGAACAUGUAAACAUAUACAAGCUCACAGAACUCGACACACACACAAACAUAUUCACAUAUGCAGUCGUAAUACAUGUCAAUAUUCUCCGCCAAGCUACACAUACUUCAGUAGCAAAGCAAUACUCUCAGAUGCAUAUUUACAUCGUCCUGGACUGAGACACACACACACACAC